CGAGAUAAUAGUGGCAUGGGUCGUGGCGCCCCCCUCGCCAAAUCUCGAUGCAACUCUGUGCAGUCCAACAAAGGAUUAUAUAAACUCGUCGAAGAGAGGCGUUCAGCAAGAAACAGCCGGUUGGCGCGUGAAAAAACUCGGCCGAUCGAGAUGAUCGAAACUCCUUCCAUCCUCCCGUUCGUUCUUGUGCUCCUGUUGACGGUCGUCCAAUGCCAGGAACAAUCCCAGUGCAAGCAGAUAACCGGUUACAAGGUGUGCGAGAGGAAAGGCACGCUGGUGGACGUCACUCAACAGGAAUUCGAGGAGAGGCUGGAGAUCCACGACAUGAAUCUGCUCUCCAUCAGGGAGGGGGCGUUCAAAAAUCUGUCCACGACCAAACUCAGCCUCGGUUUGGGUAACAAGAUAUCCGUGGUGAGGAGGGAAUCGUUCAAGGGUUUGGAUAAAUUGGUACGAUUGGACCUGGACAGCAACGUUGUACAACUCUCGCCCAAUUUGUUCUCCGAAUUGAAACAAUUGAAUUCGUUGUCUCUCAUCUUCAACAAGAUCAACGACAUACCGAAAGACACGUUCGCGGAUCUAUCAAACUUGAUGUGGCUCUAUCUGGGCCACAACGACAUCCGGUCGAUAAAUAAAAAUUCCUUCUCGGGAUUGUCCUCGUCGCUGCUGUUCCUCUGGUUGAACGACAAUAAGAUUUCCAGCGUGGAGAGUGGUACGUUUGGUCAGAUGCCAGAGUUGACCCGCCUUCAUCUGGAGAACAAUAAGUUGACGUCAAUCCAGCAAGGUGUAUUGAAGGGUUUGCACAAGUUGGACGGCUUGUUUUUGGAGUACAAUCAGUUGGGCGGGGUGUCGAAGACAGAUUUCAAAGGAUUGAUCGGUCUCAGGAUCUUGAAUCUGCAUCACAAUCAGAUAGACGGUAUCGAGGAAGGGGCAUUCUCGGAUUUGAAACAGUUGGAACAACUGGACCUGAGGAAGAACCGACUGUCCACGAUCGAGGCUCGAGUGUUCAAUGGGUUGACCAGUUUGAAGAAGUUGGAUUUGUCCGACAAUAAGAUAGGCGUGGUGCAAUCUGAUGCGUUCCAAGGUCUUCCAGCCCUGAAAACGUUGAAUCUCGCGAAUAAUAAUCUGACCGGUGUGGACAGGAAGGACUUUGGAUUGACCAGUUUGACCAUUCUGUACACCUAAGGAUGUAAUAAUAAUCUUUUUUUUUUUGGAAAACGUAUUUGGUGUUUUGUGACGAGAGUUUGUAGAAAUUAGAGCAAUAAAGAGGUGUGAAGUUUGUGUACAA